UAUUGAAGUAGAGAUUUAAAGUACUAACAGAUGCAUGUUCCUCAAUUUAAAAGGGGAAAUUUACAUCGUUAUCCUACUUGGGAAAUUAACAUUGCUUGCCAGGAGAAGGAAAACUUAACUUAAAAUACAAUAGUAAUAGACCAAUCUCUUCAGUGUGGGCAGUAAAUGAAAGAUAUUUGAAAACUGGACGAUUUAUUUAUUUAUUUAUGAGACUGAGUUUUUCUAUGCAGCCCUGAUGAUUGAUUGAUUGAUUGAUUGAUUUAGAGACCGAGUUUUUCUAUGCAGCCCUGAUGAUUUCUUUAUUUAUUUAUGAGGCCGAGUUUUCCUAUGCAGCCCUGAUCAUUAUUUAUUUAUUUAUGAGACCGGGUUUUUCUAUGUAGACCAAGCUGGCCUCCAGUUCACAGAGAUCCACCUGCCUCUGCCUCUGCCUCCGCCUCCCAAGUGCUAGGAUUAAAGGUGUGAUCCACAAUGUCCGGCUGGCUAAAUAGUCAUACUUGUUGCCCAUCUCACUCUUGUAUGCAACUAACAUUGGGUUAGGUCCACAACUCUCUAGUUUAGUUAAGAUUUAACUUAAUAUACUUACUAUGUGCCAUACAUAGUUGUAGUUUGCACAGUCUAUCCCCCAACACCUUUUUAAUUUUUUAAUUAAUUAAUUGGUUUUUUUCUUUUAAGAUGGUUUCUCUGUGUAGUUUUGGAGGCUGUCCUGGAACUUGCUCUGUAGACCAGGUUGGCCUCAAACUCAUCGAUCUGCCUGCCUCUGCUUUCCAAGUGCUGGGAUUAAAGGCGUGCGCCACCACCACUGGGCUUAAAAUUUCUAAAAAGAUAGGUUUUAUUAUGUGGAUGUGUGUGUUAGGUCAGAGGAAAACUUGACCUGGUGGCCUUUACCUUGCCUCUGAGAACACCUUUAAAGACUUUCCAUCCUUCAUGGACACUGCGGAAUUUGUGUGGAGAUUAGGACAGCCUUUGAGAGUCAGUGCUCUCCAUUACAUGGGACGGGACUUCUGUGGUCUGAGUUGGAGGCAGGCAGGCCCCCUUGAGUAGGUUAUCUUAUCUUUUUUUUUUUUUUAAGUAUUUGCUAGGCACAUGCUCCGCCAUUGAACAGUUUCCCAGCCCUGGACUUUUUGAGGUAGGGUCUCUUUGUGUAGCACACCUGGCCUGGAACUCAAAAUUUCAGCCUCAGUUUCCGAGUUUUGGGAUUACAGCUGCCUGCUGGUGUGAUGGGUAGCAAGACCAUCGUUUAGAUGGCUUUGAGAGGUGAGUCCCAGAAAAGUAUAGCAAAACCAGACCUCGGUCUAAGCUCCCCGCCCCCUCCCUUUAUUUCUCCACUCCUCUUGGUUUCUUUGAGACAGGGCCUUGGUAUUUAGCCUUGGCUGUCCUCAAAUUCUUGGAGCUUCUACCGCAGCCUCCAAUACCAUGCUCUUGAUUCAAGUCUCCUAAGGACAUAAAAGCAUCUGGACUCUUGUAAAUGGCUCACCAUGCAGAACCACUGAGAUGUGCAUAUUCCCAGUUCCUGGCACAGAAUAAACACUCGCGAGGACCUGCUCCAUGGGCUUCGGAAUCAGAGAGAACUCGCUUCGGAAUCUCAGAAAGGCUCCAGGAAGCAGAGUCAAGGCCAGAGAGACGAUGGUCUCAGUGACUAUGGCCACUUCUGAGUGGAUCCAGUUCUUCAAGGAAGCCGGCAUUCCCCCAGGACCUGCUGUGAAUUAUGCUGUGAUGUUUGUGGAUAAUCGGAUCCAGAAAAGCAUGCUGCUAGAUCUCAAUAAGGAAAUCAUGAACGAGCUGGGCGUGACUGUGGUGGGUGACAUCAUUGCCAUCCUCAAGCAUGCCAAGGUGGUACACCGCCAGGACAUGUGCAAAGCUGCCACUGAGUCAGUGCCCUGCAGCCCCAGCCCCCUCCAGGGUGAGCUUCGCCGCGGCGCCGCUAGCGCUGCUUCUCGAAUGAUCACCAACAGCCUGAACCAUGACUCUCCACCCCACACUCCGCCAAGGCGCUCGGACACCAGCAGCUCCAAGAUCUCCGUCACCGUGUCCAACAAGAUGGCAGCGAAGAGUGCCAAGGCUGCCGCUCUGGCCCGCAGGGAGGAGGAGAGCCUAGUUGUUCCUACCAAGAGGCGGCGGGUGACAGCUGAGAUGGAGGGAAAGUACAUCAUCCACAUGCCCAAGGGGACCACCCCCCGUACACGCAAGAUCCUGGAGCAGCAGCAGGCAGCGAAAGGUCUCCAUAGAACAUCCGUGUUCGAUCGCCUUGGUGCUGAGACCAAAGCAGACACUACGACAGGGACUAAGCCCACAGGAGUCUUCAGCCGCUUAGGGGCCACCCCGGAGAUGGAUGAGGAUUUGGCCUGGGACAGUGACAAUGACAGCAGCAGCUCUGUCCUGCAGUAUGCUGGGGUCCUAAAGAAGCUAGGACGGGGCCCCAAGGCCAGUCCCCAGCCAGCACUGACUGUCAAAGCCAAAGCUACAAGCUCUGCAACCACAACAGCUCCAAGACUGCGGCGCCUGGCGCUUCCCUCUCGUCCUGGACCAGAGAAGAAGCCGGAGUCCCUCCCCAAAGUCAGUGUCCUUCAGAGACUGGGCAAGACUGCUGUUGUGGCUGAAGCCCAAGACAGCCAGGUUACAAGCACCAAGAGUAAGUCCUCAGCUGAGGUCAAGUUCGCCAUUAAGAGGACACUGGUAGGGCCCCGGGGGAGCAGCUCUAUUGAGAGCCUUGGUGCCCAGAUGGACCAUGCAGGCGCUGUGAGCGUGUUCAAAAGACUGGGCCGAAGGACCUUCUAGCUGGCACGCAGGGUGGGGUGCAGCAUGCAAUGGCAGGCAGGUUCCUGCUUCCGUCCCUUCCAGCCUUCCUGCCUCCCAGCUCUAGAUGACACAAAGCCUGGCUCUUUCCAGCAUUCAUGCUGGUUCCAAGCACUUGGGUACACAGACGUUUCCCCUGGUUUUGGAUGUUCCUGUGGCCUGACCUUGCCUGCUCUGCCCCCCCCCCCCCCCCCCCCCCCCCCCCCCCCCCCCCCGUCCUCUGUGCACUAGCCGUGGCCUUGGCAGAUUCUCCUUUUCUACCUCUCCCCAAAGCCAAGUGCCCUGCCCCUUCCAUGCCACCCACCCCCACCAGCAGCAUCUGCUGCCUUAUGUCCUCCUGUCCUGGCUGCCCAACCAGAGGUGUCACCUGCAGGCACCCCCUUUGCCCUACCCUGUGGCUUCCUUCCUCCCCCCUCCCCCUGCUGUAGUGUCUCUCUUCUCUUCACUCUUUUCAUUUCUCUUCUGUUUUCUGUCCCUGUGGCAAGGCCCGACCGUCCGCUGCAUCCUGCCUGACCCUCCUGCACCUCUGACCUCCCAGCGGCCCCCUCGUCGACGGUGGCGUCGAACCUGUAAAGACUGUUAGCUGCCUUCCAUUCCCAGGCUGGAGGGAGGCCCCCCAUCCUGGCCUGCAGCUGGGGCACCUCCGUUUCCCUGCCCUGGCCAUCUUUUUCCUUGGUGGGUGGUGGACAGCAGACACCGGGGAGGAGAGGGAUGCUGGGGGAAGGUGACGGCUGUUUUAAUAUAUUUUUGUGACUUCUAAACUGUCCUUCCCCCUCCUUCAGUGGGAGUCACAGGUCUGUUCUUCACACCUCACCAACACAGCUAACACCCUGGGGUGGGGCAGGUGAAGGGCAUAGUGGUGACAACACCGGAAAGCGAUCUCCUAUCCAAGCGGAUGGUCUAUACUGGCUUCUCCGUCAAUUUCACCUGUCCUGCCACACUGCCUAUGGGUGGCUUGGUUUUAUUUGAGAUAGGAUCUCAUUAUAUAGCCCUGGUUUACCUGGAACUUGCUAUGUAGAUCAGGUUGGCCUCAAAUUCUCAAGAGACCUGCCUGUCUACAAGUGCUGGGAUUAAAGGCUUCUGCCCUCACACCCAGCUGGCUUUCUUCCUUUUUCUUUCUUUUUUCUUUGAAACUCAAGAUGGCCCAAACUUGAUAUAUAGUUGAAGAAGACUUGGAAUGUCUCUCUUUUAAAAAAAUAAUUAUUUUGUGUAUAUAGAUAUUUUGCCUCCGUGUGUGUGUCAGGCACAUGAGUGUCUGUUGAUUCCUAUGGAGACUGGAAGAAGAUUUUGGAUCCCCUGGAACUGGAGUUAAGGAUGGUUGUGAGCGCCUAUGUGGGCUCUGGAAACCAAACUUAAGUCCCUGUAAUAGCAACAAAUGCUCUUAACCACUGAGCCAUGUCUUCUACCCCUACUUUGAGUUUCUAAUUUUCUACUCUCUGCCUUGGGACCUGUGACAGCAUAGGCCUGUGCUGCCAUUCCAGGGUUGUGUGUGGUGCAGGAGACUAGGCCCAGGCUUUACAUUGAUACUCUUGUUGGCCUUUUUCUCUCUGCUUUCUUUUUGAGACAGUGUGUUACUGUGUAGCACAGGUUGACUUCAAACUCAGGAUUCCCUUGCCUCUACCUCUGGACUGAAGCAAUUUACAGGCAUGGGCCAACUACUAACAGCCUCUCAGCUGUCCUGAGAUGGUGCUGCCCAAAGAAACAGGGCCGAGGGGUGAGACUUGGCCAGUACCACUGUCAUUGUAUAGUCAGAAGAUUUUGAUGUGACACCAUUGGGUGAACUGGGGAUAAGAAGAGGUAAUUUUUCAAACUUCAGAAGAACAUUCUGACAGAAAGACAGACAACGGCAAAGGCCUUGAGGUGGGGCAAUGACCAGGAAGAUGGCUGGCCAUGAGUACGGUGUGGCUGCUAGUGGCAGCGAUGGAGAACGAA